AUGGCAUACGAGAGCAUACCCCUCGAAGCCUUCCAUGAAACAUUCAAAUUUAGCAUCGAGCUUUCCAGUGUCUCACUGGGAGGAAAGGUUGUGAAGGUCUCAGACGAGUUCUUCGCCGAGGCAUUUAACCUGCUUGAAGUCGAGCCAGCUCCCAGCCUUAAAGGGCAGUUUGGUCCUAACGGCGCAUUGUACAGCGGCUGGGAGACACGGAGACAUAAUUCUUCCUACGACUGGUGUAUCAUUAAACUCGGUACGUUGGGCACAAUCGUCGGAUUCGACAUCGACACAAGCCACUUUAGCGGUAACGAGGGUCCUCAAGCAUCCGUGGAUGCUAUUAUUGACUCGGAUGAACAUGACGUGGAUAAUGCAAAGUGGACAGAAAUACUACCCCGUGUACCCCUCGGCCCGUCUCAACGGCAUCUUUUCAAGAUACCAGAGACUGGGCGAGUGAAGUUUGUGAAAUUAAAUAUGUAUCCGGACGGUGGCAUCGCGCGUUUCCGAGUGUACGGAAACGUAGCACCUGUGCAACCUGACAGCCCUCAAGAAAUAUUCGACCUCGCUCAUGUCUUCGCUGGAGGUCGCGUGACAUAUAUGUCUGAUCAACAUUUUGGUGUUGGCUCGAAUCUGAUCCUCCCAGGACGAGGUAAGGAUAUGGGCGAUGGUUGGGAGACUAAGCGGAGCCGGCAAAAGGGCCACAAGGACUGGGUGAUCAUUAAAUUGGGCACACAAGGUCAUCUCGGAACAGUAGAAAUUGACACGGCACAUUUUAAGGGAAACUUCCCAGAGACCUGUGAACUUCACGCUCUGUCCAGCGAAGACGAGGUACCAGAUAGUGACGCUGCCGAUUGGACACGGAUUUUGUCCCCGGUCAAGCUUGGACCCCAUCGAAGGCACUUUUUUGCACUGGAAGCAGAUGCUUCCGUUUCCUACACGCACGUAAAGCUCACCAUAUAUCCUGAUGGUGGCAUCAAGCGUAUACGAGUCUAUGGGACGAAGGGUCCCAGUCCCACUACAGCAGACCUUGCGGCCAAACUCAGUGACGCAGCGGAAAACGAUGCUGCAGCCCCGCUUGAAUUGACGCUUACAGCAAUGAAGCAGGGCAAAACCAUACCUGUCCUUCCUCUCACACCAGAAGCCUUUUUGCCCUUUGGCCAAGUCAUUCAAGCAUAUGGCGACCACACCGCAGCUCCCCCAGGAACUAAGAUCACGCCUGCAAAUCAGGGAUCUGCAACCAAAUUCCACAAGCUUUCACUUUUAGAAUCAUCUUAUCCGGCUGGCCCGGGAGCUAGCACUGGGCUGUCUGUCUAUCGUUGCAACCCGACAGAAAUCGUUAACAGUGCUGUGGAGCUCAAGGUCGUUGAGCGUCAUCCGUAUACCAACCAGGCCUUCAUUCCUAUGGGAGGUGGAGGUAUACAGGGUGACGAGGCGCUGAAGGAGCCAGGUAAUGCAUACCUUGUGGUGGUCGCCCACAAUGGAGCAGACGACAAACCCGACCUCAAUACUCUUCGUGCAUUCGUAGCGAGUGCAGGGCAAGGAAUCAUGUACAACACGGCAAUUUGGCAUCAACCGAUGACGGUUUUGUACAAGCCAAUGGACUUCACUUGCGUGGAGACGCAAAUUGGGAACGGCGACAAGGCGGAUUGUGAAAUAUUGGAGUUGGAAGCCAGCGAAGUGGUUAUUUUGGCGCUUCCGCGUCAUUAG